CAAGCCGCUCAACAACUACUUGGCGCCGGCGCGAGAGUCACAGCCAACUUGCUCCGGCCAACUGCUGCUGAAGAAGGCAAAAUCCACAAGAACUUACAUCUUACUUGCAUGCCGAAGGUCAUGGCCAGAAGAAGUGGAUGCCAGCAAGCGAGAUCUGUCAAUGGAAACACACGUAAGAUAGCAAGAGUAAAGAAAGAGUGCAACAAGAGGAGAAAAUCAAUAAAAAAGUUGAAUGACUCUCAGAAUGUAUGGAGGCAGAAUGGUCUGAACAGCGUGAAUGAAGUUGUGUCUGACUCGUCUGAUCAAACUCCAGAUGCACAGCCAUCUCCACUCCCAACACUCAGUUGGGGCAGUUCAGAGGACGUCUGGAUGAAAAUGCUGAGUAAAGAGAUAAAGUACGAGCACAGCAAGAGCAGUUUAGACAGACACCCGUCACUGCGGCCCAAAAUGAGAGCCAUGCUGCUCGACUGGCUCAUGGAGGUGUGUGAAUCGUACACACUUCACAGACAGACCUUCUACCUGGCUCAGGACUUCUUUGACAGGUACAUGUUGUCCCAAAGUGAUGUGCAGAAGGAUCAACUGCAGCUCAUAGGAAUCACUGCUCUGUUCAUCUCCUCCAAAAUAGAGGAAAUAUAUCCUCCAAAAAUCACUGAGCUGGCUUAUGUGUCUGACGGAGCCUGUCUGGAGGAGGAGAUCCUGCAGAUGGAGCUGAUCAUGUUGAAGGCGUUAAACUGGGAUCUUUGUCCAGAGACUGUGCUCUCGUGGAUGAAGCUCUACAUUCAGAUCGCCUCACUGUACGAUCUCACCAAUCUAUUAGUGCCGCAGUUUCCUCAGGAAACCUACAUUCAGAUCACACAGCUCUUGGAUUUGUGCAUCCUUGAUAUCAACUCUUUGGACUUUAAAUAUGGAGUCUUAGCAGCAGCUGCUUUUUGCCGCUUCAUGUCAGCUGAUGUUGUCCAAAAAGUAUCGGGACUGAAGUGGGAGGCCAUUGAGACGUGUGUGAACUGGAUGGCUCCUUUCGUGGAGACCUUGAUGUGUUAUAAGAGCGCACAGCUGAAGGAAUUUGGCCAAGUGCCGUCUGAGGACAGACACAACAUUCAGACACACGGGGACUACCUCAGCAUGCUGAAAGAGGCUCAGGAGAAACAGUCAGAAAGCCUGGAGCACUUCUUCCCACCAACACCACCCAGCAGCGCUGAGAAACCCAGCUAACACUAGUGUUCACACAGCAGGAUCAGUGUACUGUGAUUUUUACCGUCACUCUAGUUCUAGACUUCAUCUCAAAGUUCAGGUCAUAAGUUGUAAAACUGUAAUAUGUACUAUGUGCACAGGGCUUGAACUGCUAUUUAAGUUAACAAAAUAGGCUUUAGAAAACUGCUGUUUUGUGUUCUGAACAGACAACUUAUGCUCCCCAGUGUUGGGUUAUGGUUCUCUUAUACUUUAUAGUACAAAAAUAAUUGUGCAAAAAAUAAGAGCAGGCCUCAGGAUUGCUAGUGGUAUUUUUGUAUUUUUUCUAUUUUAUUUUUCGAGUUCAAAUGAUGACUUCAAAUGUGAUUCAUGAAAAUAUCAAAUUUCCU